CGCUUCAAAAUAAAUAGGAUAUCCGGUAAUACAUCGGUAUAGUAAUUUGAGUGGUGUGGUCGAUGCUUCUUUUUCCGGCAACCGGCGUCCAUUUUCGUUGUUGGAUUGUCUAAGAUUGGCGCGUUUGGUAUUUAUUAAAAGAUUAUUUAGAAAUAAGUGAAAUAUAUAUCUAUAAAUGGAAGGUGCACCAGCUAGUAGAGGUGGAUUCCGCGGUGGUCGUGGUGGUCCCGGUGGUCCUAUGAGAGGACGCGGAGGUUUCGGAGACAGGGGAAGAGGUGGACCUCCAAGAGGAGGAGGAGGUAUGAUGAGAGGUGGUAGAGGUAGUGGACCUGGAGGUGGUAUGAGAGGUGGGCCACCUGGAAUGAGAGGCAGAGGUGGUCCUCCUGGUAGAGGUGGUCGUGGUGGUGGACAUUUUCCUCCUGGAGGACCACCAGAUCCAGGAAUGUCUAGUGGUCCAGGAGGUGGUGGACCACCAUUACCAGGAAUGGGAGGUCCACCACGUGGUGGCAGUAGAGGAGGUGGAAGUAGUGGUUUUCGAGGUAGAGGAAGAGGUGAUUUUGGUAGAGGAGACAAUCGUGGAGGUAGUAGUAAUUUUCGAGGUAGAGGAGGAAUGGAUAGAGGCAGCAGAGGGGGAUCUAGGGGAGGAUCUGGGAGAGGUGGUCCAGGAGGCAGAGGUUUUGGAGAUCGUGGGAGUAGAGGUAGUGGACGUGGUGGUGGUGGUCCAUCAAAAAGAGGUGGUGGACCUCCAGGUUCAAGUGGACCUUCAAAAAGACCAAGAUUUGAUCAGCCAUCUUCUCAACCUGCAAAUGGUUAUGCGACACAACCACCAAGUCAAGGUGGAUAUGGAGGAAGUACUAGCAAUGCCUAUGGUGGAGGACAACAACAACCACAACAACAACAGCCUGUGGGAUAUGGUGGCGGUUAUGGAUCACAAAAUUAUACUCAAUCGUCAUAUCAAAGUUAUGAAAGUUAUCAGCAACCUCCAGAUUAUGGUCAAACAGCUGGAUAUCCACCAUCAGCAGCUACUGAUAGUAGGUAUGGUGGAGCACCUACUGUACCAGCUACAGGAGCUUUCAGUGCUGGUGAUCCUUACAGUUAUGGCAAAGCACCACCAUCAGCCAAUUACCAGCAGGAGGCAGUGGUAGCAGUAGCAGGGGGUGGGGGUGCAGGUUAUGCCCCCAUUAACUCUUACGAUGACCGAUCUUCUAAUGCCACUUCUAUGACCAACAGGGGUGGUUACUCGACACAACUUUAUGAUUACUCGAGUCAAGAUGGUGUAUAUGGAAAACAAGAUUAUGGCGUAACAACAACCUGAGAUACUUAGGGAACAGAAUGAAAGAAAGAGAGAGUACCUUCCCUCUGUUACCAGCAAGGAGAAUACCGAUUCACACAAAUAACUAACAAAUUUAUAUGAAUAAAUGACGACUGUAUCAUAAAUGUUAUUAAUGUCCAAUGGUAUCAGGUAUCACAUAAAUGAAACCUAGAAAGUAUUGUUUUUUCUGUUAGAGUAUAUUAUGAUAUCUUUCAUUAAUUAGAAUAUCUUUAUUUAAUUUUUCUAAGCAAUCUAUACUAAAGAAAUAUUUGAUUUUUGUGAUGCAUCUUUUUUCAUUCAAGCAAUUCUUUUUUCAAUAUAAAUAAUCAGCAUCACUCAAUAUAUUAUUUUCCAAUUUAUCAUAUGCAAAAAUUUAAUUGCAUCUUGUACAUAUAUAUACAUAUAUAGAUAGACAACGAAAGCAUAUUUAAAAUGAAAAAGAAAAAGAUAAACAUUAUGUAGAAAAAAAAAGCAAUGGAAAAGCAAGCAACAAGAAUAUCGAAUUAAAUCUAUGCUAACAUGUAUUACGCUCAUAUAUAUUAAAAGACAAAUGCUCGAGUAAACCUCAACCCGAAUUCAGGUGAGUAAAAUAAAUCUAUCCGUUUUUUAUAAAAAAAAAAAAAAAAAAAAUAUAUAUAUAUAUAUACAAAUUUAUUAUAACGCAAAUGUUAGCAAGGAUAAUAUUUAGAUCUGCAUCUAUCGAGUGUAAAGUGGAACAAUAAAAAAAAUAUGUAGGGUAAUUUUUUUCUAUUCUAAGAUAAAAAUAUAUAUAUUUUAGGUAAAAUAUAAUAUAUGCAACAAUUUUAAAUUCUAUUCCCGCUUUAUACAUACGAUACCUGCAGUAUAUUUUUAAAUAUAACAUAAUAAUGACAAUAAGGUAACAAUCGAAAGGUACACAUUAAAAAUUCUUUUAAAGAACACAUUUGUUUAUAAACACACACUAUGAUUUAUAGUGACGUUAAAAUAAAACAAAAUGAAAAAGCAGGGAAGGAAUUUACAAAAUAAUUAUGAAAAAAAAUUUAAGAGCAUAAUAUAUUUUUAUAAUUUAAUUGAUAAUGGACAACAUUCAAAUACUACAUAUAAAUGCGUUAAUGAUAGGUAUUUAUAAGAUACUUCGUCUCUAUUAUUUAUCUAUCAAUUUCUAAUUUUUUAUUAUUAAUUUCUUUAGGUUGAUAAUGACUAUGCUGUCACAGAUGGUACUACCAAUUCAUGAGCCAAGAAACAUCUGCCACAUGACUGGCAUCGACGUUGUUCCUAAGAAGAUUCAAGUGUAUUUUUAUUUUUCAAUGGCGAGUAUUGUAAAAAGAUAUAAAAUAUCGUAUUUUCACAUGUUAUUGAAAAACUGACUUUUUAAAAUUUGUAUGAAUUUAAUAAUUGAUUAUGAUAUAUUUAUGAUAAAAGAAUAUUUUUCUUUUACAAAUAAAAACUUAUAAUUUGUAUGAAUGUAAUAAAUAAGUUUUAAUUUUUUAUAUA